AUGUUACAGAUGCGCUCAGUGUUGUUGUACUGGUUGCCGUGGCUUUUACGCAUGAAGCGACCAGGUGUGAAGCUCACCUACGCAACACUUCCAUCGCUAUUCAACUCGAAACUGAAGAGUCAUUCUGAAUCGCUCAUUAGGAACAUCAAGGAGAAUGAGUCCAGUACCUCUAGAUCAAACUCUCUUGAAAUUGAGCGACGCCUUCACCAAUAUAUGUCUUCAUCAGGAUUAAUGAAUGGCAUCUCACCUCCAACAGCACUGCCACAGUCGCAGAUUUCUGCUCCUCUCGAUAUCGGGCAGCAAGCAACUCUGCUCAUUCUGCAACGAAUCUAUCACGAGUUGAAGGUGAGCCAUGAUAAUUCAAACCUUUCUAAGAGACUACUGAUCAGCUGA